CCACAUUUGAGGUAAAUAUGGAUGCGAUUGCCACGCGGGAAUCGGUUGACAUGAUGGGUCUAAGAUCCAAAUGCUCCACCGCAGCAAGUUUGUAACUUUCAGUCUCAAGUUUGUGGGAUCAAGCAGAACUAUUAUUCACUGAAGUCCUUGAACCAGCCUAGAUUAUCGAAGUGCAGUCGGCGGAAUCAAAGUACCGAUAUUUCAAGUGCCAAAUGAACGACUUGUUUCCCGAAUCUCCGACCGCGGGAGACACUGCCUCGGUGAUCAUUCCGUGAUCGCAUAUAUAGCAGUUGUCACUUGCCAACGUUUCCUCAUCGUACCCCUUUCUCUACACAUGAGCUUCUUGAAGAAACUAGGAGAGCUCGCUGAAAGACUGCCAGAGGGCGUCGAGCAUGCUCGGGACCAAGUUAUCGGAAUGCUGAACCCCAAUCGUCGUCACGACGAUCCGGAAGAGAAGCGCCAAGACGCCAUUCGUGCUGAGAUCAAUGCUGGACAUCGCUUUGACAGUUUCGCAACGGAGCGUGCAGAGAACUUUGUCAAGUGGCAUAUUGAUGGACACGAUUACAUGUGGGCGCUGUCUGAGAUGCUGGACAGUGCCAAAGACGUCAUCUUCAUCCAAGACUGGUGGCUCACCCCCGAGAUCUAUCUCCGCCGCCCGCCCGCCGCAUACCCGCAGUACCGCUUGGAUCGCCUGUUGAAACGCAAGGCCGAGGAGGGUGUCAAGAUCCAUGCCAUCGUCUACAAGGAGGUCACUCAGACGAUGACCAUGUCGUCCAGCCACACCAAGAAUUAUCUCGAGUCUCUGCACCCCAACAUCAAGUGUAUGCGGCACCCAGACCAUAUCGGCGCCAAGGAUACCGUCGAGUUCUGGUCGCACCACGAGAAGGUCGUGGUGGUCGACAACCACUACGCGUGCAUCGGUGGGCUUGACCUGUGUUUCGGCCGCUGGGACACGCACAACCACCCGCUCGCGGAUGUGCAUCCGACGGACUUCUCCAGGACGCUAUUCCCGGGGCAGGACUAUAACAAUGCACGGGUAAUGGACUUCCAGAACGUCUACGACUACGUCAGCAACACGCUGUCAUCGCUUGAAAGCGCGCGCAUGCCCUGGCACGAUGUGCACAUGACCAUCUGCGGCCCCGUGGUGCUUGACGUCGUGCAGCACUUUACCGAGCGAUGGAACGAGAUCAAGAAGCGCAAGUACCGUGAGAAGCAGGAAUACGUGUGGCUUGCCCUUCCCCACAACGUCGAAGCCGCCCCGAACGAGGCUGUCGUCCGCCACCCGCAUCGAGAUGCGUGGCACAGGAUGGGACACAAGUACAAGCAGCGGUGGCUUGGACUGCCGGAAGAUGAGGAAGACCCGCACUAUCCUCCACGCAAGACCCCUGGAAUGAACGUCCAGGUAGUCCGCAGCGUCAGCGAUUGGUCCCAUGGAGUUUUGACUGAGCACAGCAUUCAAAAUGCUUAUUGCCAACUCAUCCGGGAGGCGGAGCAUUUUAUCUAUAUUGAGAACCAGUUCUUUAUUUCGUCCACUAACAAGGACGACGUCGUCAAGAACCAGAUCGCUGGCGCUCUGGUCGAGCGUAUCGUGCGAGCUGCUCGCGAAGACCGCAAGUUCCUGGUCUUCGUCGUCUUCCCGGAGCUGCCAGCGUUUGCUGGCCAAGUCAAAGAUGAUACCUCCUUGAAGACGAUCAUGGCCGCUCAGUAUCGCACGAUCAACCGCGGAGGACACAGCAUCUACGAGGAGAUCCGCAAGGCCGGCUUUGAACCGACCGACUACAUCCGCUUCUACCAUCUCCGCGCUUACGAUCGCAUCAACGCCCCGCUGCAAAGCUACAUCGCUAAGGCGGAGGAAGACAGCGGAGUCAAGUACCACGAGGCGCAGGUCGCGUUGGCCCGUCAGUGGGUCGGCAACGAUCCGGACGGGCUGAAGAAGGUGACCGUGACCGUGCCCCUUCCCACGCAGGAAGGAGUCGUCCUCUCGAAAGAGGAAUCUGUCAAAACCUUCACUGUCCCGAUCCCCGAAUCUGCUGAAGAGGCCAAGGGCGUCAUUGAGCGAUUCGAGGAUGCCGCUCGCAACAUCCGCGGGGACGAAGACGUGUCCGAUAAUGUUGUGCAGCACAUGCUUCACGACCGGACCAGCCUGUUGGACGAAAAGUGGCUUGGGACUGAGCAAGAGGAGUUGGAUUCCUAUGUUUCCGAACUCCUGUACAUCCACACCAAGCUGAUGGUUGUGGACGAUCGUCGUGUCAUCAUGGGCUCCGCCAACCUGAACGACCGUAGCCAGAAGGGUGACGGUGAUUCCGAGAUUGCGAUGGUUGUCGAAGACACAGAUAUGAUCGAUUCGACGAUGGAAGGUCGUCCGUACCAAGUGGCUCGCUUCGCCGCCACUUUGCGUCGCAAGCUCUUCCGAGAGCACCUAGGCCUGAUUCCCCCCCAGAAUGUGCACAAACACGCCGACGUCGACGAUUUCAUGCACCCUGCACCCCAUCCGAACCCGGAUGAGACUCAAGACGAGGAAGAUGCGCUCGUCGCUGAUCCGCUUGCGGAUGAAUUCGUCGAUCUCUGGAACAGUACUGCCCGGAAGAACCGGGAAGUGUUCACCGAAAUCUUCCGCCCUGUCCCCUCGAAUCUCGUGCGGGACUGGAAGGCUUAUGAUAAUUACGUGCCCAAGGUUAAGACCGGGCACGUCGUGCCCGGGAUCCCGCUCGAACGGGUCAAGAAGCAGCUUGCAACCGUCCGGGGUGCUUUGGUCGAGUGUCCUACCGUCAGUGACCCUCGAGGUAUCUUGGCGAAUCUGCUAAUAGGCUUAUAGGACUUCUUAAUUGACGAGAAAGAGUUCGUGGAGGGUCCGGACUGGGUUGGCCUCAACCCCACACUUCCCAUCUACAUCUAGAGGAGAAGAUCUUACGACAAGGAAUCUACGUACGGGUAGAGAAGAAUCUAUGGAAUGUUACGAGUUAUUGCUGGAGCUUCGAUUGUUGUCAGAAGUGGAUGAUUCUCACACUGGAUGUUUUGGUAAGAACGAUGAUGGUCCAAAACGCACGGAGCGUGAUCAUCUCUCGAAAGGACAUACGACGCAGAACACGCCGAUGCAUUCAAAGACGACGGUGACAUUGCUGCAUGCCCGUUAGCACGCUUCCUGGACUUGCGAUUUGUCCAGACCUGGUCGAGAGUUUCGAUGGCACCCUCAAUGGCCGAAUACAUCUGAGACGCUUGGCAUCUACAUCGAUUGGCGGAUCACCCUGUGGGAGCCUCUUCUGCUGGCUACAGCG